GACCGAACCCGCAACCUCAUGGUUCCUAGUCGGAUUUGUUAACCACUGCGCCAUGACAGGAACUCCAGGAUAUUCUUAACUAUCGUCACCCUUCUGUACUUUAGAUCCCCAAAACUUAUUUAUCUUAUAACAACAUCUCGUUUCCUCCCCACCCAUUAACACCUGGCAACUGUUGUUGUGCUCCCUGUUUCUAUUACUUCAGUUCUGUAUGUAAGUAAGAUUGCAAUGUAUUUGUCUUUCUCUGUUAGUAUUAUUUCACUUGGCAUAACACCAUAUUUUCACAAAAGGCAGAAUUGCAGUCUUUUUGUGGCUAAAUAAUAUUCCCAUGUAUGUGUAUAUGUAUUUUUCUCUAUCCAUUCAUUUGUGUUGGACAUUUAGGUCAUUUUCUAUAUCUCGGUUAGUGUGAAUGAUGCUGCAAUGAACUCAGGAGUGCAGAUAUUUCUUCUAGAUAUUAGUUUUAUCUUCUUUGGAUAUACCCAGAGGUGGAAUUGCUAGAUCAUGCAGUAAUUUUUUUUUUUAAUUUUUUGAAGAACCAUGAUACUGUUUUCCAUAGUGGCUGUAUCAUUUUCCACCAAUAGUGCACCAGGGCUCCUGUUUUUUCCACAUUAUCUCUGGUCUUUUUGAUAAUAGCCGUUCAACUUUUUAAAUUUAUAUUUCAUGACAUCAGCAAUUGAAGAUUUUACACUUUUAUUUAAAAUAACUUAAAAAUCUUUAAAAGCUUUUUUUUUUUUUAACUUUUACUAAAGAUAUAAACUUAUUUCAAGAUGUGGAAGAAUCCCACACCUGGUGAGAUGUGACUAUUUCAGUGGAUGUAACUUUGCCUUUAACUCUAUUUACUCAUCUUAUAUUAAUGUCUAAUGGCUUUGUAGCAUUUUUAAAUGAGAAAUAAUGGUUUAUAAUUUACUAACGGCAGUGAAAAGGCAAAGCACGUUAAAACUCCAGUAUUAGUGGUAUUGACUGUAGUAAUAGAUGGAAGUUACACAUUCUGAUCAUAUUAUCUUGUAACUUAUCCCCAGGUGUGUGUGUGAGACAGAGAGAGACAGACAGACAGACAGACAGAGAGCACACAAAUGGCUGUGGGGCACGAGGGUUUGAAAGCAGCCAGAAGGAGUUAUUGACUGGUGUGCUGUGGUCUGAACUUGUAUUAGCUGUCCAAUUUAGGCAAAGAUACUGAGGCUUUACUCACGUAGAGAAGCUGGAUGCUGGUAUAACAAAUGGGAAGCAACUAGAUUUAUUGAAUUGAAAUGGUGCCUAAGGGAAGGAAGGGGAGGAGAUAGAUUUGAGUCAUUGUGGAAGUAGAAUCCACCAUGACUGGUAAUUUGAUUUGAUGGUAGAGAAGUAGAGACAGUAUUGCUGACUCUGACUUUGAGAUGAGUCACUGGCAGAUGCUGGUGCACUGAACAGAAAGCUGUGAGGCGUGAGCCUGCCGGGGGUAAUGGUGGGGAGCUAGGAGGAAUCAGGGGUUCUGAGCUAGAAGGAUAUUUUCAAAGUACUCUCUCUGAAUGUGUUUCCUAUAUUGGCUGAAUAUGGUAAGAUAUUUUGACUGUGUAACAAAGAAGAAAGUGUCUUAAAUGUUCCUUCCCUAUACUCAAAUCAUGCUUCCAGUAAUUCUGUUUCUAUUAGUGAACCACUGUCAUCAGCAAAAAGAGGAAAGUCUGCUGAAAUGGUAGAAUACUUCUAUAUUUUGUGUUUAGGACCCCUUGGCUCCCAUUAUAUUUUCCUGUGGCAUAUUGCAAACUUAAAGGAGUUAUUUCCUGAAAGCAAAUUUAACUAGAGACUUUUUUCCUUUUAUGCUUACCAAGGUGAAAAAAAAAAAAAAAGAUUUCUUUUUACAUUGCAACUCUGAGGGAUAAUUAACUCAGGGAAUAAAUUUGAGUUGUUUUCUUCUAUUAUAUGCUGAUUUCAAACUCCAUUAUAAUUCUAGAAUUCAGAAAAUAAUAGGAUCAUAGUCAAUUAUGCUAAGUGAAUGUUAUGAUUAUUGUACUCUUUCUAGGAAAAGAAUAGGGAAAAAAUUAUCUAAAUGAAAAAAAGCAAUCCAUUAGAAGAUCCCCAUUGUGUUUGUGAGGUAUUUGAUUAGUCUUUUGACUAGUUCACUGCUUUUUCUCACCCAAACAUAUAUAUUUCUGAGCUUUCUGCUGUGCAGAAUUUCUUGCACUUUUUAUUCAGAUAAAAAACUUAGGUUUUCCCCGUUAACUCAGUUUUUACUCCUUAGGCAUAAUGCAAAAAAACAUCAAAAUCUCACAAGGGAAAUGUGCAAAUGCUGCAUGGAACUUGGGAAUAAUAUUAUAAACAAAUUCAUUGCCAGGAACUCAUUGUCAUGUUUCAAACACAGAAUUAAUAACCUAUUCCAAGAGCACACAUGCUAUUUAUCCAGGUUUUCCCCUCAGACUAUUUCAUCUCUCUCUCUUCUCCCCAAAUUAUUGAAGAAUUUUGGAAAUGAAUUAAAAAACAAAAAACAAACUCACAUUACCACAUUUUUGGUGUUACUCUUAGGAAUUUGUAACCUUGGCAAAGGUUAGUCACCUUCAGCCAUUUUCUCCCCUGGGCUCGUGGUGAACAAGAAUGUUUUGCAUUAGGCUUUUCUUUUCUCAAAGCUUUAUGCAAUAAACAUGACUGUAUUACCUGGAAAGUAAUUUUUAAGGAUUGGACAUUGUGGUAACAAUAAGCAAAAUCACACAAAAUAAGUACAAAAUAUAUGGUUUACACUCCUGCCAAUUCUAAUUUUUAUAGAUCAUAUGUUAUCAAUUUAUCUUCUUGAUAAACAUAAUUUUUACAUAUCAAACUUAGAUAUGUCUUUGUACUUGUCUUUAUUUAACUUUAGAGCUUUUUAUAAUAAUAACUAAGUGAAAAUAUGAAUCAUACAUUUGAGGGGUUUUUAAACUUAGCUUUCUUUGUGUAAUGGCAUAUUUACUUAACAUUAGUAAUCGUAUAUUUGCAUAGAACUGAGUCUUAUUGUCAUUUGACAUUAAAUAAAAGCAAUUGAUAAAGCAAAUGACUAUUGAGAUUUUAUUCUUCCAUCUUUUAAAUAAAAGUUAUUUUUAACUGAUUAGUCAUUUAGCUCAGGUUAAUUUUAUCAUAAAUACAUGCGUUGAUCACUUACUAUUGACUAAACACUUUGCUAUGUUGGAACAAAGGUAUUUGAAGAGUUCACAAUUAAGAUGUCAUCUGCUUCUGAUUUUUUUAUGUACUGUACAGUUGUGAAGUCCCCAUUACACAAUCUUUCAGUGUAUUAAAACUGUAGUGUAUGUCUAAUUUUGUACAAGGCAAAUUUUCUUAAAUUCUUUUAUUUUGUUUCUCUUUUUUUGAACUUAAUAUUUUAAUAGAAAAUAUAAAAAUGCCACAUGUCUUAUUUUGUAAAAGUAUUUGCGUUACUUGAUUGAAUUAAUUGGAGGAAAUUUCCAGAGAUUAUUUACAUUACCCCCUGGUUAUUGUAACCAUUAUAUACAAACAUUUAGAAGUGCAUCCUAUUAAAAUCUUUGGGAAUCAUAUUUUAAAAGUUAUUAUGUAUUGCCUAGAUAUAAAUGAUGGCAUCUUUCAUAUAGGAAAUUAAAUUAUCCUCACCCACCUAUCAUAACAAGGCUGGCUUGCUGUUUAGUGGAGAGAAACAUGGAUCUUGGAUCUAGACAAACCGAAUUGGAAUCCAGGACCCAGUAUUUCCCAGCUAUGUGGCUUCACUUGUAACCAAACACUGAGCCUCUGUGUUCUCAUGCAUCAAAUAUGUAUCAUAUGUCUAUCUUAUAUGGUUCAGAAAACGAGGUCAUGUUUGGUUAAAUAAGCCACCUAAAACAUGGGAAAUAUCCACUAAACAGUAGCUCUUCAUUUCUCCUAAGAUUAUUUUAAGUUCUUCAGAUACAAAGAUGAUGAAACUGACCUACCAUCAGAUUCCCCAUUAAACUCUUAGGUGAGGACCCUUUGUGACAGAGGGCAGGCAUUUACAGAAUGGUUGGCCAAGUAAGGCAUGCAAUGUGUGAUUAGGCAACAAAAUGAAAUUAUCUGCCUCCCAAGAGAUUCAACACAAGACCCUGGCUUCUUUGUUAUUGUUCACAACUGAUUGAGUUAUCUAAUCUUAGACUGGCUGAAGAUUCACUGGCAUUUUAAUGUAUAUAUUAUAGUAUUUUUGCCAUGUGUUUUAUUCAUGAUAGUAAAUCAUAUGAUGGUAUGUACACUUGCAAAUGUGAAUGCAGUUAUAUCAACAUCAGAGGAAGAGAAGCAGAGGUUAAAUUUAGCAGUUCAAAUUGCCAGACUUGGUUACCUUCUUUGGUAUAUAAUUUAAGCCAAGUUAACUUUACACUGUAAAAAGUAUGAACUAAUUGCGCAUGUCAAACCUAGUUCUUCAAGCAGAGAUCAAGCUCCCUUUCCUCUAAUUUGAGAGAAGAAAGAGGGGAGGGCAAAGCAGAGAGUCUCUUGAGAUGUUUGAGCAAGUUUGCUUCCAGCUAAAAGUUAAUGAUCAGUUGCCUCUGUUCUCAGCGCUGAGCUCUGAGAAGUGGCAAACUCCUAUUCUCUCUGUAUUCAGAUAAUCCAGAGUCUGCUCUACCUCUCUUCAUUGGAAUCACCUUGAAAUAUCACACUUCAAGCAACAGUGACUGUGCUUAACAAUAUCACGGAUAAUCCAAAGAAAUCUGUUCAAGGGGGCAUCUGUCAAAGGUUUCUUGAAUUUCAAAUAGAGGAGUAGAAAUGCCACCACCAGCAGCAGGCUCCCCACCACCACACCCACCUCCUGAUGGAGGAUGGGGCUGGGUGGUGGUUGGAGCAUCUUUUAUCUCCAUUGGAUUUUCAUAUGCAUUUCCAAAAGCUGUCACAGUCUUCUUCAAAGAAAUUCAGCAAAUAUUCAACACAACCUACAGUGAAAUAGCAUGGAUAUCAUCGAUUAUGCUGGCUGUUAUGUACGCAGGAGGUCCCAUAAGUAGUGUUUUGGUGAAUAAAUAUGGUAGCCGGCCAGUGGUGAUGGUAGGAGGUUUAUUAUGCUGUUUGGGAAUGGUCACAGCUUCCUUUAGUACCAGCGUACUAGAGCUUUACCUCACUAUGGGAUUCAUUUGCGGUUUAGGUCUAGCCUUUAACCUGCAGCCCGCCUUAACGAUCAUUGGCAAAUACUUCUAUAAGAAACGACCUAUAGCGAUUGGCCUUGCCAUGGCAGGAAGUCCUGUUUUCUUAAGUACACUGGCUCCUUUCAAUCAGUUCCUCUUUAAUAGUUACGGCUGGAGAGGAAGCUUCCUGAUCUUGGGAGGUAUACUGUUGAAUGCCUGUGUGGCUGGGUCUCUUAUGAGACCUGUUGGACCCCAACUAACACCUAAGAAGUCUAAAACUAAGGAUGGUGUAAGAGCCACUGAACCACAUCUGAAGAAGAGACAUGAGAAGAAGUCAACAUGGGUGAAAAUUAAUAAAUAUUUAGAUUUCUCCCUUUUUAAGCAUAGGGGAUUUCUGAUAUACUUAUCUGGAAAUGUCAUUAUGUUUCUGGGGUUCUUUGCCCCCAUUAUAUUCUUGGCUCCGUAUGCUAAAGACGAAGGAAUUGAUGAGUAUUCUGCAGCUUUCUUGCUCUCUAUUAUGGCUUUUGUUGAUAUGUUUGCCAGGCCUACUGUAGGAUUUAUUGCAAAUUCCAGAAUAAUCCGACCCCGCAUUCAGUAUUUCUUCAGUUUUGCGAUUAUGUUCAAUGGAGUAUGUCAUCUCUUAUGCCCACUGGCUGACGACUACCCAAGCCUGGUGGUAUAUGCUAUAUUUUUUGGCCUUGGCUUUGGGAGUGUUAGCAGUGUCCUCUUCGAAACUCUCAUGGACCUCGUUGGUGCUCAGAGAUUUUCCAGUGCUGUGGGACUCGUCACAAUUGUGGAGUGUUGCCCAGUUCUUCUUGGUCCUCCUCUUGCUGGUACCUUGGUGGAUAAAACCGGACAAUAUAAAUACAUGUAUCUGGCCUGUGGAGCUAUUGUGGUCAUAUCCAGUGUGUGGCUACUCAUUGGCAAUGCUAUCAACUACAGACUGCUUGCAAAGGAAAAGAAGAAAGAGGCAAAGAAGACUAGACAUAAGCCUGAGUCCCAAGAAUCUGAAUCCUUGAAGACAGCUAAAAGUCAUGAUGUUAGUGUCAAAAGUUUCAAAAGUCUCAAAAGUAUGAAAAGUCAUAAGUCAAAAGGAUCAGAGUUUAAUCCCUCAGAAAGAGAAACUAAUAUUUAACAAGAACUACAUCUCUGAUUUCAGUGUGUAUGACUUUCCUAGGAGUAUUUUUUUUCCAACACAUUGGAAGGCUUUUAGUUGAAAUGAAGAGUUAUAAUAAAGGAUGGAGAUGAGAUUUUCCUUAAUGGCAAAUUUUAUAUAAGUUUGUUUUUGAAAACUUAUUUGAGCAGUUAAAAUUUGAGAUCAUGCAUAUAAAGAAUGCAUGCAAGGUGUUUGUUUCCAUACAUGACUCUGGUGAAGUCUUCCAAUCUUGGUUUUAGAGAUCUGAAUCCUAAACCCCUGGUUUAAGUGCUCAGGAGUAUAUUUAAUGCUGCAAGAAUACCCUCUCCACAUCUCAUUUUUUAUUCAAUAUUGAAAUAUGAAAUGGAAUUGGAGGAAAUGAAUUGUUCCUAAACAGACUUACACACACCAGCUUUUACACACUUAGGAACAAGGAAACACAGUGUGUGGAGAAAAAAGACAAGUUCAAAAAGAAUAUUAUCACUGUAAUUUUUUUUUUUUUACUUAAAAAAAAAAUCCAUGGAGAGUAAAGAAAUGUGGUAUAUAAACCUGCAUACUACUCUACAGAGUGGAUUUUUAAAGAUAAGAACAUGAGUGAAAAUGAGGCUCUUAAUCUGAAAAUGAAUUAAGUGCUGUAAAAAAUCAUUUGCAUAUAUGAAAUACAUUUGAAAAAAAAAACCCAUUUUAAACCAUUAUUUCUGAGCAUUGUCAGAUUUAAUUCAUGCAUGCACAUGAUAUCUUGGAGGAGGACCAUAAGUUCCUGGUGCUAGUGAACAGAACCCUUGAAUAAUUUUUAGAAUUUAUGAAUAUGUAAAUCAGAUUGAAAGUCUAAGUGACUCCUAGCAAAGAGCUAAGUAUUGAUUUGGAAAGGGCUUUCAUUAGUAAUCCAGAAAGUAAUAACCAGGGAUUUCUUUUCACUAGACUCAGUCCAGACCCAUUGUCAUACUGAGAGAUCAAAGUAGAAUCAACUAGAAUCCUGAUUGAAAGGCUUACAAAUAGGCAGAAUUCGAAUGUUUCCCAACAUAUAGUAGUGAUCAGAGGGCUUUUGUUAGGAAGAAUCCAUCUGAGUAAAGCAAACAGUAGGAAGGACUUACAGUGAGUCCUCCAAACUCUCAUUUCCCUCCCCUACUAAACAUGCGGAAGCAAAAACCAAAAUCCAAACAGGCUUUUUACUCAGCCACCAAACUCGUCUCGUUUUUUAGGAACAGUAACACUUGAUCAUUCUACCCACUACUGAUCAGGCUUCCUGCUGCGUGUGAAUAUAACUAAACCAGGAGAUUUUAAAAAGGCUUCGAGAACUGGAGGUUAUGUAUGACUCAUACACAACUGGGGAAGUGUAGGUAUCGUUUAUAACUCAGUAGAAAGAAGCUUGCAAUAUUUCAACCCAGCUUAAUUUAGCAGCUUCUUAUAUUCAUAACUGUGUGAAAACAUCUGGGAAUCUGAAUCACACUUGAAUACAGAGGCAUGUAUUAGAUCUGUGCAUUCAGAGUUCCAAAUACCCUUUUGAAUGACAAAGUACUUUUUAACAAGCAAGGAUUUAUGCAUUAGGUAUAAAGUUUUAAAUAUUUACAUCUCCAAACCUGAUGUUUAAAUUAAGACUGUGAAUAAUAUAAAGCAUUCAGUGCUUCAUUAUUGAAGUAAUGUCAUUCUUAAGCUGCCUAAAGGAAUUUGCCAUUCUUUAUUAUUAUUGUUAUUCCUAUUAUUGCAGUAGAGGCAGUUGCUAUUCUUAUUUCCUUUAAGACUGCACUUGGAUACCACACUUCUGUGAUAGUUAGAUUUAAGAACUUGGAUUUGUAACAUUUAGGCACUGUUUAAGCAUGUAACUCAUGUUUAGCAAGCCAUAUAAAACUCUGUAUUUCAUUGAACAUUCACCUUCUUGCACUGCAAGAGGUAUUUGUAUUUUUAAAAUAUUAACUAAAACAAUAUGUGCCAAACCAUAGGUAAAUAAGUCAGGGAAAAUGUGACUGCGUAUAGUUGUUUUUAAUUUAGUUUCACCCACUCUUGAGUCUUGAAUGAGUUAUUUUCCUAUUAUUUGUGCUUUUGUAGUCAACUCUGACUUAUAAGAAACGUGUCACCAUAAAUUGUGUAGUAGCUUUACAAUCUUUAACAUCUCCAAAAAAUGCCUUGAUUUCUCUGAAAAUACAUGUCUCAAUUAAUAUAGAUAAUGACCCCCCCCAGGGCAAGUCAUAAUCAUGGGGGUUUAGGCCUAAGGUAAUAGUGCUUUUUAACCACCUGCUGGUGGUCACAAGCUAGUGGCUUUUUCCAUAGAAAGAGGUUUAUUACUUACGGAUGAGGUUCUUGUGAAGUCAAAACCAACUUGUAUUUUUUCUUUUGGUCUUUGAUCAUCUUCUUUAACUUUUCAUUUCUAACACCAAGUAGAUUAAAUUCCUAAAAAAUAAAGGAAAGUGAAAUUGCACAUUCCAAGCAUAAGGCAUAAUGUAUACACUUAUGCUUGGCAGUAGCACUGCACAAAGUUACAAAUAUGCACACGACUUCAUUCCCAUACAUAUAAAUGUUGAAAAUUAGAACACACCAAAAACAGUGAUGUAAACUCAAACAUAGAAUUCAGAUUUAUUCUGGGUAAAACAGUUUGAUUCAAGUUGUUUACCCUCCCAACUCCUUUGAACUUGUUAGGAUAUUUGCCUGCUUGAACAGAAUCUUUCAAAGGUUGAGAAUAAACUAUCAACCUAGAACACGUAUUAUUAAAAAGUCACAUAAAUGGAGGAGGAAAUACAGUUGGCUUCUGUGUCUGCAACAAUUAAAGCCAAACAUAAUUCUUCCCCUCGUUCUUCCCUGAGAGAAUGACAGGUUGUAGAUAUUCAAGAUAUCUUGAAGCAAAGUCACAGACCAUUAAAAUUCCUUUUGGUCUUACUCCCUCAUGGCAUUGUGCAGAAGGAAGGUUAUCUUGAACCAGGGUAAAAAAAUAAUUCAUGAUCACUAGCUAGUUUAAUUAUUUUAUUCAUUUGCGAUAACAAGACACCCUGUGUUUCACCAUUUAAUGUUAAAUAUGCCUUUACUAAUUUACGAAUGGAAGACAGGGGUAUAGACAUGUUCUGACAUAUCCCCAUUGUCUUUCCUGACCCUUUUUGGAGUCAGUCAGCACACAUUUCAUAGGUCAGGCUUUGGGGUGCUUCACAUUGGAAAACAUGAUGUUUCCUCAGUGUAAAUUCACAUGGCUCAUAAAUUUCACUUCUUUAAUACCAAGUUCUAACCACCUUAUCUCAUGGGUCUCCCCUGGACACUACAGAAUAAGUAAAAUAAUUUGGUUUGAUACAUUUAAAGGCAUAUUCUAAAAAUCGAGAUAUGUUUUACUCUUCUCUGGCUGUACAGGGCAAUUGAGGACAUAGGAGAAAAGACCAUAAGAUGUAUGAUAUAAAUGUAAAUUUUUAUACUGAUGUUAUAAAAUGUAGAAAUAUACUUAAUCAGUUACUUGAUAAUUAUUUUCAUCCAAAAAUAUCUUUUAAAAAACCUUCUUAUAUGUACAAUGUUGCAGGCUUUCAAUAAAAAUAAUCAUGAUUGUUAGCCUCAAUUUAAUAGAGAAAGAGGAUGUCAAGGGAGAAGGGAAUGAAUAUUCAUGUAUCCUGCAUUUGCCUUAUAUAAUACCUUUUACUAUUCAAACCAAAUCAUAGGUAGAGGCUAAUUGACUGCAUAUAAUAGAUGAGUGAAACAAUAAACAGAUAUACAAAGAACUUAGCAAAUUACCCAGAGUUAAAAGGUAGUAUGUGACAGAACCAGAACUUAAAACUUAAGGUUUAUCUAAAAGCAGAAAGAGCCCCUAGGAUGUUCAUUGCCAUGCUGCCUCCUCAUAGAAGCUGUAGAUACAAUGGUAGAUAAAAUAUAGAUAUAAAAAAAUUAGAAUUAAACCCUAUGUGUUAAACCAAUAAGAUUUAACUGCAAUUUGUAUUAUGAUUUAUUUUAGUGUUUACUAUGGACUGCAUUUGCUAUAACUUGAAUAUAUAUUUUCAAAUUGCCCUCUUUUCUAACCAAUGCAAAUUAUCCCAAAUAAUGGUAAUGAUCACAUACUAGCUGUUACUGCCUCAAUGUGACUUUUUUCAUAAAAAUAAUGACAUAUUUAUAUGAGUUGGACAUAGUCUAUUUUCCCUGAAGUUGGGUUUAGAAGAAAAAUGCUAUUUUCAUUAUUGACAAAUAAUAUCCAUAUUAGCUGCUACUUACUAUGACUCAAAAAUGAACGUACCUUACUAUGAAACCUUAUAUUCAGAAUCAUAGUGAUUCCCACUUAUGGGAUUAUCCGAGGCUAUCAAAAAAUAGUAAAAAUAUUAUGAUAUAAAUGAUGUGUUUAAUCUAUAUAGCAUAUGUUUAUUUUCAUCACUUAAUGCAAAGCGCCCCUAUAAUUAGUUUUGCAAAUUUCCCUGAACAUCUGUAUUGUCUUCUUUCUCUCCCUUUGUUCUACAGAGAGAACAAGUGCCAUUGCUUUUGUCCUCUUUGUCUAGACUUUUGCCAUCCUUAGAAUAUUAUUCUCCUUAGCCCUAUUUCAGAUAGUGCACUUCUAAUGUCUUACAUCCUUCAUAAAGUCACUCAUUCUGCAUCUGGUCUUAUUUAUUUGACUUGCUGGAAAGGUCAUAUUCAUGGAGUCAAGAGUAUAUACUUUUGGCUAAGACCAUUCAUCCUAACAAAUAAGAGAACUCAUGUGACUGUAGGUUUGAGAUUUCCUGGAUAAGUAAGGUGCUUUUUAAUAUUUUAGAAGAUUUUGUGUUAUUAUGUAUCUUCCUUAUGCAUGAUAAACAGAUAAUUAUGACUUUUAAGAAUCUAGAAAGAUCUGUCCUUGACAUUACUAUUCUGGAUGUUUCUAAUUUUCUUAAGUGCCUGAAACUUU